AAUAUUGUGGGAUUCUUGAACGAAUGUGAAAAGAGACAGUUCAAUGAAUUCGAUGAGAAUAUAUCAUAUUAUGUUUCAUGUCUUGAAGCUAUAUCUAAAGAAGAGGGGCCCAGAAGUAAAAAAGCCCAAGCUUUGCUCGAUCGAUAUAAAAAGGCGAGUACUGGGUUUUGGGGUGGAAAAUGGGUGGCAAAGGAUUCCCUGAGGUUUUUUGUCACCGGCGGUAUUGAGGCACAGGAUUCUAAACCCGACUACAAAAUUGCGCGAAACUGGGAGUCAGAGCAUACCAAGAAACAAGUCCAUCUCUACAAUCCGACAUUCGUUGGCCAAGGUAUUGGAACUAUAAGUGGCGGGACAUCUGGAACUAUAAAUGGGCUCAUUGUUGAAUCUUCAAAGAGAGAGACUCCGGUUCCUGAAAAUCAGGACUACAAUGAAGUUCACAAAAGAGCAAAAAUUGAAGAUUGGUUUCGACCCU